UACUUUGAAAGAGCUUUUAGGCCACAUUAUUCAGAGCUUUGCAAAGGUAGCUAGCUAGGUAUAAUUAAUUAUAAUGGCAACUGUACAAUCUAAGGAGAAGAUACUCAAUGAUGAGAUAAUGAAGUUCAAGUCACUACAGAAAGAGGUCCAAAAGUGUGCCAGUAGUAAGGGACAACUGGAGGCACAGCUACUAGAAAAUCAAAACGUCAAAGACGAGCUGGAGAAGGUGACGGACGGGUCAGUAGUGUAUAAGCUGGUGGGGCCAGUGCUCCUCAAACAAGACCUCACAGAGGCCAAGGUGACUGUACAAAAGAGACUGGACUAUAUCGGCAAAGAAAUCUCAAGAUACGAAGACGUGAUAAAAGACUUUGAGAAGAAACAAGACACGCAAGCUGAGAAACUACAAAAGAUGCAGGUGGACUAUCAACAAGCUGUAGCGAAGGCCGCAGGCCCUAAUCAACCCUGAAUUUUGUUUUGUGCCAAUUAAUCUGCAUGACUGUGUGCAUUUAUCUCCCAAUUUGGGAUGUGAGUCCUCCCUAUAAAAUUGUUAUCAUAAUUAA